AUGCAACAAGCCCAGUCCUUGUCCAAUGAAGAGGCCAGGCUAUUUCUUCUUAACAGGUCGGUGUUUGAUGUGGUGAAAAUCACCCAGUGUAUGGAACUGACUGACCCAAGGUUGCUGGGCUGGUACUUAUCUCUUCCGCCAGAAGACAGGAAGCUUAUACAAGAAGAAGGAGGACUUUUUCACUUUCUUCAGAAACACCCUGCCCUUGAAGUGAUAAGACAAGUUGUGUAUGUGAAACGACAGGUUUGGCAGGAGUGCAGACCCCAUAUUUUACCAGCAAUGUCCUCAGACCUGAACAAAUCCAGAAGGCCUACUUAUUACUGUGUGUCACAGUGCAGCAACUGUGGAGCCAGCAUUUCCUUCAAUGCAGCGAAGUGUAGAUUUUGUAACGUACCCAUCAAAAAACGUGACGAAACAUUGAACCAAUCAGAGAAAGGGAAGGUGUUGGAUUUACUGCCCAACAGUGUUAAGGACGAGCUGAAUCUCUGCAACGCCAGUGCAAACCCGGGCAUCAGGGGUGCCCCUGGGCAGCUGACAGGUGGACAAAACUCUGCAGAACAGGCACUGGAUCCUGGGAUGGACUUGCAGGAGAGUUUCCAGUCAGCCUGUGAUGGAAGUCCCACUGCAGAAUCACCUCCGUGCCAGCAGGGGGAGCUGAGCUCACAAACCCACCCACUCUGCCAGUUAUGGGAGGAAGCAGUGCAGCAGGGGAGCACUGCUGUGACUGUAUACAAAGAUCCCUCAGCUCAGGCUAGUUUCUCUCUGGAUGUGGAACUAGAGCUGCAUAGUCAGACUCCAAAGGGGGUCUUAAGUGUCCAGGAGCAUGAUAAUUCUGGAGGGGAGGACAGUGUAGACAUCCCUGACCUGGCGGAGGAGGUGCUUCCUGAGUACUACAGCUUCAACAGCACUGGACUGGAUGCCACCUGUAGCUCUGAUUGCAGUGAGUCUGACGUGCCAACAGAGGGCUUCACUGAGCCAGCAGGCGCCGAGGACUUGCAGAGUGAGGCAGGGAGCAGCAGCUCCCUCUGCUGCUUUGAACAGUGCACUUCUCUGGACUCGACCUCCUCCUGCAGCAAGUACGCAGACUGGAUGGACGAUGACCGCCUGGACGCCUUCGCAAACGAGGACAACUCGAGGUGUGACCCAAAGAAUGAGGAGUACCAUAGUGUGAUGGAGGAUGAGCCACCAGAAGGGGGUGCUGCUUGGGCCAGUUUUCGGACCUCGCCACAGAAGGGGGGUGAGGAGGUUAAGUACGUAGACAAGGAUUCCCAGGUGAGCGCAGCGGUGUGUGAAGGUAACGCGGUGCCUGCUUCUGUGGAUAGCAUGGAGAGCAUAUCAGCUGCUCCGUGUGAGAGAUGCCUGGCCAAAGACUCCCAGAUCACUUUGAGUCAGUUGGUAGACAUCAGUGGGGACUUCAGGGCCAGCUACACGUCCACACGAGCGACCGAGGCUAGGCCUAGUGUGGCGAGCAGGUCUUCAAACACAAACCCCCCCUGCGCAACCCAGGACAAUGCUGCCAACACGGACUGCUCUCUGCCACAUAGCCCCGGCCGAGACCGGGACACCCAAACACUGUCUAUCCCCACAGCUGAGAAGUACGUCAUCACUGACGUCUACAUGUCUGACCUGGAUUACUUCACUGAGGAAUUCAUCAAAUUAAAACUUGUUCAAGAUGAACUAAAAGAGCUGAAGGCAAAAUCUGCAAGCUCUGAAGGGAGCGUGCGAGAUGGCCACUGCGACAGCGGAGGCGGGUGUGGCUGCUCCGAGCGGGCGGUGCGGGCGGAGCUGCGCCUCCUGGCACUGCAGCACGCAGUGUGCCAGCAGCACUGCUGGAGGCGCCAUUACACCUCGCCCGAGGGUGAACGCUGCCUCCUGAGAACGGAGGCAGUGCCGGAGGGUCUGCAGAGAGUUCUCAAAGAUCUGGAGGAUCAUUACCAAGACAUGAAGAGAGAGAUCCUGUCGGGUGUGCCCCUGGACCAGCUCCACCCCCUCUCUGUGGACUCCCAGAGAAUUGUGUCUGAAGCGCAGUACAUCCCUGCGCAGAGAGGACAAAGUGACGGCAUUCCAGCAGCCAACCCCAGGCCUGGCAGCAUUAAGCAUGGGAGCGCAGCCACCUUCCUCACCAUGGGACACAAACCCGGUGGAGCCAAAGAUCUGGAUUCAAGUGAGGCCUGGUAUGAUGCAGAGGAGGAGUUUGCACCCACUGCUCAUGGCGUAAGGGGGGAGGGGCAGGAAGGAGCGGAGGAAGGUGGUGAUGGAGUGAUCAGUACAGGGGAGAAGGAUGAGGACUGUGUCCUGUGUGUGUCAGACCUCCCCAGUGAUAUUACACAGGACGAGUUGAUGUCGUGUUUUGGGAAAUACAAGGUGUCUGAUGUCCGCAUAACAACUUUCAGCAACAGCACUGGCUGUGUGUCCAGGGUGGCCAUUGUGACGGUCAGCUGUCCCAGGAGCGCGGCGGCGGCAGAGAGGGAGCUGAACAGGCACGCCAUCCGUGGGCGCGCCAUCAAGGUGGAGCGCAUCCGCAGGCCCCCCGCUGCAGAGGCAGGCACCGCCCCCGCCCCCAGGGCUGCGCCUACAGCGAACGGCACAGGUUCCAGAGGCUCGAAGAGCAGCGCGGCUGCCACAGCGGCCAAGCCCCUCUGCGGCCGCCUGGAGAAGCUGGUGAACGUCCAGGAUUCGCCCACGCCCACGGGCACCUGCGUGCCCCAGCACUACGCCACCAUGGGCAGCUUCGACACCCUGAUGGCACGGCUGUCGGAGCGCCACCCGGAGGUGGGCCGGCAGAGGAUCGUGGAGGCCCUGCUGGAGCUGCGUGCGCAUCACCAGGGCCUCCUCAGCGGCCUGCCUCUGAAGACCAUCGUAGAGAUGACGUCGGCCCUCCUGACACGCCCCUCCACGUCCUCGGCAGUGUGA